ACCCGUUCUCAAAUUAGCAACGCACAUUUUUUUUGGUUUGUUACAUAUUCACACACAUUAUGAGAAAUGUACAUUGUGGUCAUUACCACUAUCAAACGCUAGAUGUCCCGACAUGACCGUCCGAUCUGCUAAAUCCUCCAGACAUCACUGUCCUAGUAGGCCAAUGUAACCGGAAAAUAUAACUACACUCGGGGUGAAGCGCGGAACGAUAACAUUUUAGUGCUGAUUGUGUGCAUACAUGACCAAGUUUCAGAUCUUUGUAAAAUGUUAUACGUUACUAAGCGUGUGAGUUGAAAUAGCCGAAUAGUGGUCAUUUAUUUUUAGUUUACCAUGAUUUCAUAACACCAGUGUGUCAGACUGGGCCUCCACGCGGGUGUUGAUUUUUAUUUUAUUUUAUCCCAAAGCUAGUUGCUAGCUAGUGAACAAUCGGCUAACAAAAGUUUUAUCAAAAUAUUGGCCUGUUGUUGAAAGAAGAUGUCAGGCUUUAAUUUCGGGUCUGGAUCCACGAACACUGGCGGAGGAUUUUCGUUUGGAGGCACUGCCAGUACCCCAGCUGCAGCAGGUACGGGUGGCUUUACUCUGGGUGGAGGUCUGGGUGGUGCAGCCUCCACCACCACCACCUCUUCUCUGGGCCUGGGGGUGUCCCUGUUUGCACAGAAACCUACUGGGGGGUUCUCCUUUAACACUCCUGCCUCAGGUGCCCCAGCGGCCUCUACAGCCCCUACCAUGGGCUUUAGUAUGGCCUUCAAUAAACCUUCUGCCUCGGCCCAACCCUUCUCCCUCACUGCUGCCUCCUCGGCCCCCUCAGGGGCAGGACUGACCCUAGGCUCCGUCCUCACCUCCACCGCUCCACAGCAAGGAGCCACAGGAUUUGCUCUCAACCUAGGGGGUGUGGCUGCGAGUACAGCCCCAUCCACAGGUCUAUCGUUGGGUUCCAGUAUGUUCUCUAACAUGAAUCCUACUGGUUUGGCCCAGACCACUCUUGGUUCAGGGGGGUUGACGUUAGGUUCCCUAGUCUCUACCUCGACGGCGAUCUCAACGGCCCCCAGCCUUGGACUGGGCGGAGUUGACUUCAGCACUUCCUCAGAGAAAAAGAGCGACAAAUCAUUAGGGGCCAGCCCACAGGACAGUAAAGCGUUGAAAGAUGAAAACUUGCCUCCAGUCAUCUGUCAGGAUGUAGACCAUUUCCAGAAGUUUGUGAAGGAGCAGAAGCAGGUUCACGAGGAGAUCAGCAGGAUGUCUUUUAAAGCCAUGCUGAAGGUUCAGGAUGACAUCAAGAGUCUCAAACAGCUGCUGUCUGUCAGCGCCUCGGGACUACAGAGAAACGCCCUGGCUAUAGGUCACCUGAAGAUGGAGGCUGCGCUGGAGUUGAAGAAUGCAGACAUAGCUCUACGGACUCAGAAGACUCCCCCUGGACUCCAACAUGAAAACACAGCUCCCUAUGAUUAUUUCCGGUGUUUAGUGGAUCAGUUUGAGGUCCAACUGCAGCAGUACAGACAGCAGAUAGAGGAGCUGGAGAAUCACCUCUCUACACAGGGCAGUGGAUCACACAUCACACCACAGGAUCUGUCUCUGGCCAUGCAGAAGUUGUACCAGACGUUUGUUUGUCUGGCUGCUCAGCUCCAGUCAGUACACGAGAACGUCAAGAUCCUGAAGCAGCAGUACCUGGGAUACCGCCGGGCCUUCCUGGAGGACUCCACGGAUGUUUUCGAGUCCAAGCGGGCGGCCAGUAAGAAGUGGAAGAGCGCCACACGCAUCACAAUCGGCCCCGCCCCGUUCGGCAGUGUCCCUAACGCAGCAGCAGUCGCCAUGGCAGCCACGCUGAGCCAGCAGCAGCCCGGCCCAGGGAGACAGAUGCCCCUGGGGUCUGGCUUGGGAAACCCCUUUGCCUCAGGAGUGGGCUCUAGCACAGGCUCAUCAGGCCUUGGAGUAUUUGGUGGGGGUCCAGGUUUCGGGGGGGUUGCGACGGGGGGCUCAUUUGGUUUCUCCUCCGCCAGCAAGGCCUCGGGAGGGAGCCUGAGCGCAGGUUUUGGUAGCAGCAGUAGUUCGGGGUUUAACUUCAGUAACCCCGGGCUCAACGCGUCUGCCGGCCUGACGUUUGGCGUGUCCAACCCUACCGCCACGGGCUUCGGCACGGGAGGUCCACUGCUGCAGCUCAAGAAGCCCCCGGUGGGAAACAAGAGGGGCAAGAGAUAGUCUCUCCACCGGUGCUCUGAGGGGCAAAGGGAACAGUGGGGUAACAGUUAGGAUUUGGGGAGGGAAAGCUGAUCCUAGCUCUAUGACUUCCAGAGCAGGAUGGAGUGAGGAGGGGGGGUAGGAGCAGGAGGGAGGCAUAACUAACUAGUUUCAACAGUUCAAACCAAUCAGCACAUUUGGAGAAGUUUCAUUACCUGUGUUUUAUUUUUAAACCUUAUAAUUGUUUCAUCAUGAUUGCUGGUUUUUUUUUUUUUUAUACGCUGUGUGUGUGUUUGAGAGAGAGAAAGAGAGUGUGUGCGUGUGCAAGGGAGAGAACUUGGCCACGCUGAAUGUCCCACACAGCCCUUCAUACAAGUUAGAACCUGAAAGGGAUUGAUCAUAACCAUAAUUGGAAAUAACCUCUGUUCCGGAACUGGUGUGUGAGAGUCAGUCAGUCAGUCAGUCAAUAGAUCACGGUCUUGUUGUAUGGUGGGUGGUGGAGGAUCCUAUUGCUGUCUGUUUUUCAGUUGUCUAUUCUGAUUCUCUGUUACCAAAUAGUGAUGCCAUUAGCUUUUCUUUUCAUCUGAGGUGAUAAAAGGAAAACUUGUAUUUUCAAACAGCAGUUUAAUAAUAAAAGUUAUGUUGAUGAUUCUU